AACGUAAUAAGAGUUGAUUCGCUAGGCUAGGGCUGCAGGGAUAGAUGGCCGCCGCUGUUCGCAAGCCACGCAUCAUCUUGGCCGCGAGCGGUAGUGUGGCGGCCAUCAAGUUUGGGAUACUGGCGGAGAGCCUGGCGGACUGGGCCGAGGUCAAGGCCGUUGCCACCAAGUCCGCCUUGCACUUCAUCGACAAAAAAGCCCUGCCGCCGUCGGUGACGCUCUACACGGACGAGGAGGAGUGGUCGAGCUGGCGGAAGCUGGGCGACAAUGUGCUCCACAUCGAGCUUCGCCAGUGGGCGGAUGCCAUGGUGAUCGCACCGCUGUCGGCAAACACGCUGGCCAAGAUAUCGGCUGGGCUGUGCGACAACCUGCUGUCGUGCAUCGUUCGGGCAUGGGACUACUCCAAGCUGCUCUUCGUGUCGCCAGCCAUGAACACCUUCAUGUGGAACAGCCCAUUUACAGAGCGCCACCUGAGCAGCGUCGAAGAGCUGGGGAUGGUGGUCAUUUCACCCGUAACCAAGAAGCUGGCGUGUGGGGACUUUGGCAACGGGGCCAUGGCCGAACCUGGGACCAUCGAUUCCACCAUAAGGUUAGCUCUAGAAAAGAGGAUACAUCCGGCUAGCAUGUCAACCAUUUGAUGAGUGAUGCGACGGCACCGGGUGCUUGAUCAGCAA